GUCGCGGCAGCGCAGCGUUGGGUGUGCCCUUGCCCACAAGGAAGACAGAGAGAGCAUAAGGCGUGCCCAACGGCUCCGACCUGGCCGCCCCUGUGUUUAAUUAAUCCCCCUCUGUGUUUAAACAGUUGACAGCAGUCCCGUCCCGAUGUGGAACAUGGCCAGCCUUGUUCGCCGGGUGCACGCCAAAGGAGGUGUGCUAGUGAAAUUCGAGUGGGCGCCAAGCCUACUGUUGUGGCUUCUCGGGGUCGUUGGUGUUGGGAGCGUGCUGAUGGCAUGCAUGGGGUCCGUUUCCUCUCCACCAGGCGCUAUUCAAGGCUCGCAACAAUCGGAACGCUACCAAGCCUGCGAAGCCUCUUCGAAGCGCGAGAUCCGACACAUGUCUCGGAAAAAGGCGGCAUUGCACACCUUGGUUCGUUCGUCUGCCGGUCUUGGUGGCCGCCGUGCUAUGCUGGCCUUAAUCUCAGUCGCCCACGUGGACGUGGUGGAAGGCAAAUGGCUUAUUGAAUUUCCGUCGGGGUUCAGGUGCAUGUGGAACGACCUGCCGCACGGCCUCCAGUUCGCAAUACUCUUGCUGAUGCUGGGGAUUCUGUACGGAGUCAAUCGACUCUUCGACAAAGCCGACGAGGCUAUAUACACUCGCCUGACCUGCGCCACAGCAGGGCUACUGAAUGAGAGGAGGCUCCACCACGCUUACUGAAUAUCCUAGCCGAUUCAAUAGCGAAAUCCGAGAGACGAAACGGAAGCCCUGCAAAGGGUUUGGGUGUUGCUGCGAGCCUAUAUUGGCAUUGACCAUCGCUUUCAUUAGCGCACCGCGAUUGCCCUCCUCGGUUGGCUGAAAGUUGCUGGAGACUAGGACGCCAUCAUAUCUAUUUUGUGAACGGCCGUUCCCUUGGUCAGCACCGGUGGCCCGUUUCUCGCUCGGUGUGGCAGCGAGAAUACAUGCAUGGGGCCAUCUCUGCGCCUUCGGUGUUCCUAGCCUUCCCGGAGAACAAAUCGAAAUUUGAGGAAAUGGGGCCCUCCACACCCACCUACCUACAACACCAUCCGCACCAGACGGAUUGGAGACAAGACAGUGCCUUAAUACAGGAGACAAGACGUCGUCUUGACAUAGACUCCCUUGCGCACGCGCGAUAUUUCUGUUUUUUCAUUAUUUGCCAGUCGAGGUAUGCGUGCCACCCAAUGCUUGCGUGUGUAUGUAUGAAGUUGAGUCGGAGGUGUGCUCGAUCGAAUGAGCGAUGUUUUUUCUGUGGGUUGGGUAGUUGUUCUCAGAAUUUUCCACUGUUGACACAGCUGCGGGUGGAUGCAGAAGUAGGAUCCUGCACUGGAACACGAAUACAUUAUGUGUACAUAACGUAUGGACGGAUGCGAGCAGCCCCCCAGGGCCGAGUCAAUCAGAGAGAGGUUCAUUCUGCCUUUCCUGCUUUGAAACAUUUAUUGAGCAUCGCGUUCGAGUCGAUUUGCUUGAUUAUUAUCAUGAAUUGUCUGCCAUGUCUUGUCUAGGUACCUCUUUGUGUACAAGUCUGUGACCGACCACGGAAUGCGUUCGUGUCAGGGUUGGGACCAAGCACGGACAUUAAAAGGUGCUCAGCAGCAUCCGGAAAUCCAUUCCGUGGUCAAGUAAUUUAUUCUAUUUGGGGGGGAAGGAGGGAACUUCUAGCUUUUGGGGGGGGCGCAGAUGGCAUGGGUGCCGGAAAACGCUGGUCCUGGUACAUGAUUUGGACUGCGGAUGAAGACCCGGUUGACUCGGGUUUCUGUGUACCCCAACUCAUCGAUGGACGGCAAGGACCUUCGGUUGCGGUCACAGUUGGUGCACAAUAUGGCACCUGGUCGGUGCACAAUAUGGCACCUGGCCACGUAUCUAGUUCUAUAGUAUACCGAGAAAGGGAGUGCGUUUUUCGUAAUGUGAUAUCAUCGAUCGUCAUUCCCAAUGACCAAUCAUGGCAAUAUCUCAAGGAACACAAUCCCACUUACAUAGUUGAGAGAUGUUCCCCCCUGUCAUUGUGGACCGGAGUGAAGAUGUAGGGUGAAGGUUGCUGAUCGAUGGUGAUGAAAGAGAGCAAGGCAUAAUUGCAUAUUUUUCGUAGAUAGGGGUGAAGAUAUUUUAGUGAAGGUCAACACCAAAUCUUUAUGGAAGCAACGAUGUGGCGGUUGUUCGGGGGCCACAGUAGCAGUGUAGGGAAGCUCCUUGAAGAGGUAGGUAUGUCCACGGCGCUGUCGAAUGUGAUC